GCAGCUUCACGUCUUGACGGCUUAUGCCUGGGGAGGUGGUAAAAGACACCUGCCUUGGAGUCACAAGGCUUGGGUUUGAAUCCCACUUCUCCUGCUUACUGUGUGAUGUUAGGCAGGUCACCAACCAACCCUCCGAGCCUCAGCUGCUCAUCUGUAAAAUGAGGGGGCUGGACUGGCCGGCCUCUUCCAGCCCUAAAUCUGGGGUGCUAAGAGUUUCUACCAAGCCACUAACAGAAGAAGGCUGCCUGGGGUUGCAGACUGGAGUCUUCCUUUUCCAGACACAAAACCUGACAAUGACGGAUCUGUUGCUGACUUGGAAAUGUAGACAGCCAUGGAGGAAGGCCUCCAGCCCUCAGGGAUCCUCCGACUCGGGGCUAUGGUGUCAGUCCAUCAAGGUUUGCUGGGUGACCUUGGGUGAGUCCCUGAUUCCCUCUCUGGACCUCAGCAUCAUCAUCUGUAAAAUCACAAGGUUGGCCUGGGUGACCUUGAAGUCCUCAUUUCUAUGGCCACCUGUCCAGAAGACCAUUAACACAGGAGCUGCCAUCUUCCCCCUGGACCUCAGGAAGCUCUUGGUAAGGACGUCCCAAGGCCAUCUCCUUGGUGCAUUCACUGGGCAUUCACCAGUCACUGCCCUGCCAACUGUAGCCAGGACACGGCCACACUGGGGGCACAGAGCCUCCUUGUUCCUGUGGUGUUCACAGAGCGGGGAGGAUGGGGCAGCCCACGUCACAGAGAGGCUGCCGUGGCAGGCCGCCCAGCCGUGUGUCAGCAAUCAGCUCCAGGAGAUGCCUGGCUCUCGUGGGGUGGACGACUCCUUCCUCCUCCUCCUCCACCUCCUCCUCCCCUCCAUUCAUUCAACACCGGCAGAGGAUUAGGUGCAGA